AUGUUAUCAUUACUUUUAAGUGCACGAUAUGUUAUUGGUGAUUUCUUUAUGGAAUAUUUGCAAAUGAUUUAUUUACCAGAUGAAGAUAAAAUUAUAAGUUUUACACCAAAAAUUGUUGAUGGUACAUUUUCUGAAUCUAUAAGAAUAUUUAGUGCCUCUUUUAUUUCAAAAAUGUUUAUUUGGACAGGCAUUAUUAUUUUAUUUUUGGCAUUAAUUCAUAUACCAAUACCUAACAACAUUUGUGAUAGAGUAAAAUUACAAACAUUAGAAUUAUUAUUAAGAUUAUCUAAUGAAUAUUUAGGUAAUUUAGUUGAAAAUUUAUCUGGACCUAAAGUAAGAAAUAUUUUUACCAGAUUUUGGUUAGCAUUACCUUUUUAUAUAUUUUCUACUAAAUAUCCUGAUUGGUUAAAAAUUGAAACAAUUUAUAUUGCUGGUGUUAAAUGUAGAACAUAUAUUCCAUCAAAAAAUUAUAAAAAAACUGAUGGUGCUAUUAUUUAUAUUCAUGGUGGCGGUUUUUGUUCAUUAUCACCAAAAUGUUUUGAUUCUAUGUUAAUUAAUUUAAUAACUAAUCUUGGAUGUUUUGUUAUUUCUAUUGAUUAUGAUUGGGCUCCAGAAUAUGUUUAUCCACGACAAGUUAAUCAGAUUGAAGAUGUUGUUACAGAAUUUUGUGAAUCUAGUUAUGCUAAUUUUGAUAUAGAUCCAACUAGUAUUAUUAUUAUGGGUGACUCUGCUGGUGGUAAUUUAAGUACAGUUACAACACAACGUUGUAAAAGAAAAGGUAAAAAUUAUUUUAAAGCUCAAGUUUUAAUAUAUCCUGUAACUAGUACAUUAGAUUUUUCAACUCCAUCAUUUCAACAAUAUUAUAAUGAAUAUCCUAAUACUGCUAUACUUAAUCCUUUUAUAUUAACAAGAUGGUAUCUUUUAUAUUUAGGUAUACCAGCAACAUCAACAAAUAUUAAAAAAUGUUUAAAUAAUCAACAUUUAGAGGAAGAUUUUAUAAAUGAUAUAAAUAUUAAAGAAUCAUUAAAUCAUGAUCAUUUACCAUCAAUUUUUACAAAUCCAGAUAUUUAUAAAAAACCAGUUAAUAAUAUAAAACCAUGUCCUGAAUUAGCUCCAUUAUAUACAAAAUUUGCCAAAAGUUCUGAUUUUUGUCCUAUAAUAGCUGAGGAUAUGGAAAAUUUACCUGAAGCUUUAAUAAUAACAUGUGGUUAUGAUAUAUUACGUGAUGAAGGAAUAUUAUAUGCAAAAAAGUUAAGUAGAAAAGGUGUUCCAGUUGACUGGAAACAUUAUCCAUUAGCAUAUCAUGGAAUUAUGAAUAUGCCUUACAGUGAACAAAGAACUCAAAUUAUUGAAGAUAUUAAAAAAUUUUAUGGUAUAAAAGGUUUCAAUAUUUGGCAACGGUUAUUUACAAAUUUUUUAUUUUCUAUACCAUUAAGAAAACCAAAAUGGUUAAUAAUUAAAAAUAUUAAAAUUGGUAAUAUAAAUUGUAGAUUAUAUAUACCAAAAAAUAAUAAAAGAAAAUAUGAUGGAUGUAUUAUUUUUGCACAUGGUGGUGGUUGGUGUAUAAUGAAAACUCAUUUUUGUGAUUUUUCAUUAUAUAAUAUAAUAAAAAAUUUAGGUACAAUUUUAAUAUCAGUAGAUUAUUCUUUAUCACCAGAAAAACGCUUUGGUACAGCUAUUGAUGAGAUAGAAAAAGUUGUAACAACAAUUUAUGAUAAUUAUUAUAAAGAAUUAAAUAUUAAUAGAAAUAAGAUAUCUCUUAUGGGUGAAUCUGCUGGUGGUAAUUUAUGUUUAGCAGUUGCUUUAAGAUUAUCUAAAUUUAGUGAUAAAAUACCUAUUAAAUGUUUAAUUUUACCAUAUCCAGUUACAGGUGUUUUUCAUUUUUUAUUACCAAGUUAUCAAUAUUAUAAUGAUAAUUUUAAAAAUUCUGGUAUGUUAAGUCCUGAUAAUAUGGCAAGAUGGAUAUUAUUAUAUCUUGGAUUAGAUGAUAUUAAAAAUGGUGUUGAAAUUAUUAAACAAAAUGGUCAUAUAUCUAAAAAAAUUAGAGAAAAUCCUAUUUUUAAAGAAUCAUUUAAUGCUAAAAAACUAAUAAAUUUUGUAGAAAAUGUUAAAUAUAUAGAAAAUUCUAAUAAUUUUUCACCUCCAGAUCUGGAAUUAGCAAAUAAAAUGGAAAAAUAUUUAUUAAACUCAGAAUUUUCACCAUUAAUGUGUUGUAAAGAAAAAUUAUCAUUUUUACCACCAACAUUUAUAUUAACGUCUAAUUAUGAUAUAUUACGUGAUGAAGGAAUAUUGUUUAAUAAUAAAUUAAAAGAUGCUGGUGUAUCAGUAAAAUUGAAAAAUUAUAAAAAUAGUAUUCAUGGUUCAAUGACAAUACCUUUAAGUGUUGUUGCUAAUGAAAUGUCUAAAGAUAUUGUUAAUUUUAUUCAAAAUAUUUCAUAA